GAAGAAGACGACGCGCUGCAGUUUUUUCCCAAUAGGAGAACUGUGCUUUCUGAUCCAUCUACUCAUCUUUUUCUAUAUAAAUCUUUGUGUCAGGGUUCUUACAAGGAAAAUGACAUCUAUUUGAAUUACAAAAUAACCAUUCAUUAUUCUAGCUGUGUUUCAGGAACUUGUCUCGGUUCUGCUUUAGAAAGAAAGAUCUCUUAUAAUGGAAGCAGCAGAGGGCGGACCAGGCUCUCAUGUUCGCUCGCAGCUGUGCAAAGACGUGCAGACAGAAACUCGUACAGACUCAAAAGAAGGGACAUCAAGCUCUCUGGGAGACGUUACCGGCGUGGAUGAACAGAACGAAGGAUUGCUGAAGAUCAUAAAAGUGGAAGAAUCUGGUGAUGAAGGUUACCUCGGUCAAGGGGCAUCAAGCUCUUUGGGGAGCGACCAACAGAAGAAACGUGUUAAAGAAGAACAGCCUGAAAAUGAUGAUGAAUACCUCUACUGUGAGGAUUGCAAGUCUUUCUUUAUCAACAAGUGCGAGUUUCAUGGUCCAGCUGUUUUCAUUCCUGAUACCCCUGUUCCAGCGGGGGUCACCGAUCGAGCCAGACUAACCCUUCCGCUCGGUCUAGAAGUUCGACAGUCUGAUAUUUCUGGCGCAGGCUUGGGCGUGUUUAACAACGGGAAGACCGUUUCGGUUGGUGUACAUUUUGGGCCGUAUGAGGGAGAGCUGGUAGACCGAGAGGAAGCCAUGAACAGUGGCUACUCCUGGGUGAUCUACAGGAGCAGACAGAGUGAGGAAUACAUAGAUGCUAAAAAAGAGAUCCAUGCUAACUGGAUGAGAUAUGUGAAUUGUGCUCGUAAUGGUGAAGAACAGAAUCUUGUGGCGUUCCAGUAUCGAGGAGGGAUUCACUACCGUUGCUGUCAACCCAUCAGACCAGGACAGGAGCUCUUGGUGUGGUACGGAGAGGAGUACCCAAGAGAUCACGGCCUUGAAUUCAGCUGCCUCUGGAAAAAAAAGUCCUCUAUAAAUGAAAUGAAAGACGGCCUGGUGCAAGUCUUCUCCUGUUCCUGGUGUCACCUUUCGUAUACAUCGCAAAUCUAUCUCCAGAAACACAUCAGAAGAAGCCACUGUAAGGAGGAUUUGAUGCCCACAAGAAGCUCUAGUAGUCAGCGAACGCUUUCCGGUCCUCUCCUCACCGUUCCCGGACAAGAGCAGGAAGAAGUCGAUGGCUGUUCAGACUUCGGGAAGAGUUUCACUCACCCGGGUGAUUUCCAAACGCGCCAGUGCGUCCGCACGGAAGAAAACCUUUACGAUAGCUCAUGGCGUGGAGAACGUUUGACUCACCAGAGCGAUCUGCACGUACACCAGCACAUUCCUGUAGGAGAGAAACUCUACCGCUGCUCAGAGUGUGGGAAGAGUUUUGCUUUCCGUAGCACCCUACAAAUUCACCAGCUCGUUCACGCCGGAGAAAGGCCGUACCGUUGCUCGGAGUGUGGGAAGAGUUUUAGGCGCCCGAGCAAUCUCCAAACGCACCUGCGCACUCACACAGGAGUGAAGCCCUACCGCUGUUCGCAGUGUACCAAGAGUUUUCGACGAAAAAGCCAUCUGGAGACCCACCUGCGCGUUCACACCGGAGAGAAACCGUACCGCUGCGCACAGUGCGGGAAGAGUUUCGCGCACCAGAGUUCUCUCCAGACGCACCCGUGCGUUCACGAAAGAGAAAAGCCGUAUGGGUGCGCGCAGUGCGGGAAGAGUUUUAGCCAGCAGAAUCAUCUCGAGGCGCACGAGCGCGUUCACACCGGAGAAAAGCCGUACCGCUGCUUACAGUGCGGGAAGUGUUUUACGCGACAGAGUAAUCUCCAAGCACACCAGCGCGUUCACACCGGAGACAAGCCGUAUCACUGCUCGGAGUGCGGCAAGAGGUUUACCCGACAAGGCAACCUCCAAGCACACCAGCGCAUUCACACCGGAGACAAGCCGUAUCGCUGCGCGCAGUGCGGGAAGAGUUUUACCCGCCAAAAUCAUCUCCAAACCCACCAGCUCAUCCACACCGGAGACAAGCUGUAUCAGUGCUCGGAGUGCGGGAAGAGUUUUGCUUUUCAACGUAAUCUCGAAAUCCACCAGCGCACCCACACGGAAGAAAAGCCGUUUCGCUGCUCGCAGUGCGGGAAGAGUUUCGCUCACCAGAGCAACCUCCUAAGGCACCAACACCUUCACACAGGAGAGAAGCCGCACCGUUGCUCGGAGUGCGGGAAGAGUUUCACUUACCACAGCAAUUUACAAAUACACCAGCGCGUUCACACGGGAGAGAAGCCGUACCACUGCUCGCAGUGCGGGAAGAGUUUCGCCCACCAUUGUGCUUUCCACGUGCACCAGCGCCUCCACACCGGAGAGAAGCCUUUCCACUGCUUACAGUGCGGAAAGAACUUCACUCAUCAGAGUCACCUCCGGCAACAUCAGCUCACUCACACGGGAGAGAAGCCGUACCGCUGCUUACAGUGCGGGAAGAGUUUCCGACGGCAGAGUAAUCUCCAGAUACAUCAGCGCGUUCACACGGAAGAGAAGCCGCAUUGUUGCUCGGAGUGUGGAAAACGUUUCACCCGAAAGAGUACGCUCCAGACACAUCGGCGCACUCACACCGGGGAGAAGAUGUAUAUCUGCUUACAGUGCGGGAAGAGCUUCCCUUACGAAAGUCACCUUCAAGUGCACAAGCGCGUGCAUACGGGAGACAAGCCGUUUGAAUGCUCGCAUUGCGGGAAGAGUUUCGCUCAUCAGAGUCAUCUCCAGGCUCACCAGCGCAUUCACGCAGAAGACAAACCGCACCAGUGCUCACAGUGCGGCAAAAGUUUUAGUCGAAAGGGCACUCUCCGACUACACCAGCGCAUUCACACGGGAGAAAAGCCGUUCCACUGCUUACAGUGUAGAAAGAGUUUUAGACGGCAGAGUCACCUCCGAAUACACCAACGCAUUCACACCGGAGAGAAGCCGUAUCACUGCUCGGAGUGCGGAAGGAGAUUCCCACAUUCGAGUACGCUUAAGACGCACAAGUGUGUUAACACCGAGCCAUCAGUAACCGUGGUUAUAUGAACCCCAGGUAAAUUCCAGGGGUGGUGAAUAUCACCCGAGUUCCUCCUCGUGGGUACGCGUGUCAAGAUCUUCCAACAACGUCACAAAGUGACUUCGACGUAGUAUUACUGCAGCCAUGGAACCUUCUCUUCAUGGUCCAUCUGGAUUUACCUCAUGCUCAUAGAACCACAGUUACGUAUGUUACUAGCAUUAUAUUUCACCCUUCCUAACGUCAAUAGACGGUGAUUAUUAUCUGGAUAACGUGUUCCAUGUCUUCCGGAACUGACCCAUCUGAGAACUGUCUGAAAAGGUGUGCAGAGAUGAUCGGCACAUUCACAUCCUUAAAAUGGGUGAUGUGUAACCUGUAGAAUAUCCAGGGCCGCUUUUAAAGUGGUACUUUUCCAUAGGGGCCAGACGUCUGGCCUGCCUGUAGGCCAUGACCCAGUGGGCGAUCUGAUGAUCGAAUCACCUCUGUCCAGUCCACAUAGUACCUCAGAGAGAGUACUGGGCAUAACCAGGCAGUUUCAUCCUCUGCGGUCACUGUAAGAGCAGUCGAUUGUUUAACAAAGUGGGGUAAUAUAACCAUGGGUCACGCUCACGAUCAGUUGGCCAUCAAACAAGGCAGGCUUAUCAACAAGUCAUGCAGUUUUGACUUUUUUUUUUUUUUUUUGCUGACAAGAAGCACCUAUUUCAGUUCAGCAUUUGCAUGGGCUCAUAGUAAGAGGUCUUAAGGGAUUCCAGUAGAAGGAGAUACUGUGCUGGGCUCUUGGGGAGCAUAGACUGGGACUUUCUGCUGUCCCUGGAGGAAAGGCUAUGAGGCUAGUAACAUGGCAGGGCACCAUAUCCAAAUGGUGCACACCUUUCAAGGUAUACUUUAAAUUGAAGAGAGCAUGCACUAGACGUUCUGCCAUGCAGGAGUGUUUCAGUCCUCAACUGUUCUUUGCCAUGAAGUCCAAACCCAAAGCCAGAGAUAUACCUCGGCUAAAGGUGCCGAAUCUCUGUCCCGUCCUUUUGGGACAAUAGGUCUGCUCAGGGAUGACAUCUUAACGUCUUUGUGGCAUUUUUUGCGACAGACAGCGUGGCCAAGUUGCUGAAUUAUGCGCAAAGUGGGCAGAAUCAGUGUUAGUGAUGGAAAUGCAUAUAGUAGGUAUCGAGGUCAGUCGUGGGCCAGUACACCCUGUCCCGAUAUGUCCGUAGUGACUAUUUCCAUGGAGUCUCCGAUUGGACACCCAUACCAAGAAGACCCCGUUAUUGAGGAAAGUCUAGUGCAGGGGUGUCCAAUCUUAUCCGGAAGGGGCCGGGGUGGGUGCAGGUUUUCAUUCCAAUCAAGCAGAAGCCAAACCUGAGUACUGAAAACUGAUCAACUGAUUAAACAGGUGGAAUCAGGAGUGGCUCCUGCUUGAUUGAAAGCAGGAAAACCUGCACGCACACCGGCCCUUUAAGCAUAAGAUUGGACACCCCUGGUCUAGUGUCUCAAGCUAGCUAGAGCCUGUGCACCUUUCGCCGAGACUAAGAAAUGAUUCGGCAUGUGGUGUUUGGGAUUUAACCACUGAUAACCCACUUCUGGAAGUCUAGUUCCAACAGGAGUAAGACAGAACUUUCCUUGAAUUAUUGUUAAAUUAUUGAAAAUAUGAUGACUGGCUUCACAUGUCUUGGAGGGAGCAUGUUUUAGCGUUUGCAUUCCCUGGUUGUUAGCAGUAAGCGUAAUUAGCUAGUGGUGGGAACGACUAAUUUAUAUGUAAUAUAAAUACAUAUGUAAUAUUAUAAAACUAUUUCAAUUAUGAAUAUAUUUUAAUAUCAUUCCUUUUAGCCUUAAUAUCGGCACGUCUAAAUUGCUUAACAUGACAACACCUUACUAAUUUAUAUUUUUAAAUAUUUUUACAUUUAUAUUGUACUUUUACAUGCAUCCUUCACAUGGAGUAUACCACUGCUUUGUUUUUUUGUUUGUUUGUUUGUUUGUUUGUUCUUUCAUCACACUGUUGUUCCUGCAGUUAAUCACGAGGGUUUAACAACAUUGUAGCAUUGUUAAAGACCAUUGCUGUAGUGGCUUGGUCGUGGAAAAAAUAAUUUGGUUGCAGGAAUGCUAGUACACUGAAGUAAAGACAAAGCCGUUCAUUGUAUUCAAGUUACUGUACGUGUACAAGAGAUAUCCAUACAGUAACUUGAAGACAACGUCUGGUUGUGUUGUUAUUUCGGAGCAGUAGUCCCUCUAAAGCAACAACAAAACCGGUUAUUGUAAUCUACGAGUUCAUAAAUCAACACUGAAAUUGUAUUUGACGAUUAUUUAUUGUCGAUAACAGCCAGGCAGGACUAACAAAGCCAAGAUAUAACGGACAUGGUUGUACCCGGGUCUUGGCUUUUAUUAUGUACCCAUGUGUAAGUAACGUGAGGGUUUUUUUUAAAUGUUACAUCAGUGAGAACAGAAAUACCACUUACUGAGUGCUGCUGUCAUUCAGCUCUGAGUUUCUGUAUUUACAGUUUACUCUAAGCUGGACUAGGCCCUCAUGAUCCGAUUAAUACACCCAAAUACAUACACACACACACACACACACACUAGUACACGAUUGUGUGUGUAUGUGUAUCGAGGCUCUCUGUCAUGUAAUUGCAUCUUUGGCCCAUCACAACGAGGAAUUGAUAUCGGCCAAUCAGAUCGAUCGAUCGGUUCAUCCACGUAAAGGUAAAGUGUCAGUGAGUAUCCCGUACAACACUCACUCUCACACACUCUCACACUACGACCUACAGAUGUCAGUAUUCUACUUCCAGUCAGAGAACACACUUCGCUCGGUGCGGUUUAUAUUGUUCUGCCAUAAAGCUAGUUUAAAUAAAGAGUCCAUUGUGUGAACAGUU